AUGACGGUCCCAGUGUCUCCAGCUGUCCUCACCACUGCCGCGAUACUCCAGCUGGUCCUGAGCUUCAUUGCUCUGAUACUUGCGGCCUUUUCUGCUGUUUGUUUCGGCGCCGAGUUUGCUUAUGCUGUCGUGUGGUGGUCGAUGAUUCAUCUUGCAUUUGAGGUUUUCACUCUGGUCAACUGGGUUGUCGCCACUGGUGUCCUUGUUUCUUUGAACAUACACUUGCACCACCUCUCCAGGACAUAUGCAUACGAUAUCAAGCAUGACAUCGCCCUGACGGGCGAGUUGAUAACGCAUCAAUUUACCAGCUUGGGCAUGGGUGGGCUCUACUGCAGCUAUGCGGUGAAUGCAGUCACGGGAAUAAUCUUGUAG